GCACCAGUGGUGUUGUUUACAGCCACAGUAAACAUACACACGUGGUGGAGCAUGGAGCAAUUCAGACACACUUUGCAGACAGUGAAGAAACUUGUGUUAUGGAAAAACAGGGGGUGAGGGCUUUAGCAGCACUAGCUGCAGUUCUGACAGAGAAGAGCGGUUUCUAUUUUUAGGGAGACUGGAAUGUAUACUGAGGCCUCUGGAAGGAUUUCUCAACAACAAAUAACAUACCACGGUUGCCCCAGCCCCUAUAAACAUCCACCUGCCACACUCAGAAAGUGAAAAACUUUCAGAAGUGAACCGUUUUUGAGAACAGAGGGACGAGUUUGAGUUCUGUUUGAGGUUUGAUGAUACAUAGAUAUUUACAGGACCAUCUAGAAUGUGCUUCAAAUCAGCUGAGACAAGGUAAGCUUGGAUGAUCCAAUAUCAGAAGUCCUGCAUUUUAAAGACAAAGACCUGACUUCUACUCUCCUCCUGGAACUGAACAGCUUAAGGAAGGACCGAAUUCUUACUGAUGUUGUGUUUUGUUCUGAGGGCAAAGAAAUCCCAUGUCACCGCAAUGUUCUGGUGUCCAGCAGCCCAUACUUCUUCGCUAUGUUUUGCAGCAGCUUCCUGGAGACCCAGAAGCCCCAGAUAAACCUCCAAGGUGUUCCUUAUGACAUCCUUACGAGUAUUGUGGAGUAUGUUUACACAGGGUCCAUCAGCAUCACCAUGGAGCUGGCUCUCCCUCUGAUGCAAGCUGCCUCUAUGCUACAGUAUGGAAGACUUUUUGAGGCCUGCUCCACUUUCCUGCAGUCCCAGCUCAGUCCAGACAACUGCCUGAGCAUGAUCCGCCUCUCAGAAAUCCUGCAUUGCUCAAGCUUGCAGGAAAAAGCAAGAGAGCUGGCCGUGAAGAGCUUCUCAGAUGUGGUUGUCUCUCAGGACUUCUGUGAGCUCUCGCUACCAGAACUGGUGAGCUACUUGGAAGACGACAGACUCUGCGUUGAAGAAGAGCAAGUAUUUGAGACUCUUCUAGCUUGGAUUCACCACGACCCGUUCUCCAGGUGUGGCACCAUCCACGACUUGUUCCGUCGUGUGAGGCUGAGACACGUCCACCCUUCAUAUCUUUUCCAAUUUAUCGCCAACGACCCUCUAGUCCAGUCAUCGUCUUUAUGCACAGAAAUUAUCGAAUCUGUUCGUCGUCUGCUCUUUUCCGUUGGCACUCAUUGCCCUGGUGAUCUUGAGCCCCUGUGGGCCGCGCCGCGCCGUCAAAACUGCAAGGAGGCUCUUGUAGUUGUAGGAGGCCGUAAAAAUGGCGAGCGGACGUCUCGUGAUGCGCUGCUCUAUGACGAGCAAUCUCACUGCUGGCAGUGGCUUGCAAAAGUCCCUUUGCGGCUCUACCGACCUGCUUAUGUCUGCAUGCACAGCAUUCUUUACGUUCUGGGUGGCUUAACCAUGAGUACAGGAGGCCAGUACACACCUAGCAACACGGUUUACACGCUUUCUCUCAAAACAAACCAGUGGAGAAUGGGAGAACCCAUGGUGAAGCCUCGAUAUGCCCAUCAGAGCUCCACCUACUUACAUUUCAUUUUUGUACUGGGUGGAUUGACGGCUGAUGGACAACUUUCCAGUGAGGUAGAGCGAUACGACACCAUGUUUAACCAAUGGGAGUCCAUGGCCCCCAUGCCCACUGCAGUCCUGCACCCAGCUGUAGCUGCACAUAACCAAAGAAUAUACGUGUUUGGUGGAGAAGACGCCAUGCAGAAACCAGUUCGAAUGAUCCAGGUGUACCACAUAGGAAGGAAUAUGUGGUAUAGAAUGGAAACCAGGAUGGUAAAGAACAUCUGUGCACCAGCUGCAGUGCUUGAUGAUAAAAUCUACAUCAUAGGCGGCUAUACAAGAAGAAUGGUAGCCUAUGAUAUUAAAACCAACAGGUUUGAAAAAUGUGAAAAUAUGAAGGCCAGGAAGAUGCAUCACUCCGCUUCUGUGGUCAACGACAAGAUCUAUGUCACUGGGGGCCGUUUCAUUAACAGCCACGAGAGUGUGGAAGAUUCAGACAGCUUUGACUGCUACAACCCGAAGACAGACUCAUGGCUGUCAAUGGGAACACUGCCAUUCAAGCUAUUUGACCAUGGCUCAGUACCUCUGGUCUAUCUCUCUGAUAAGUUUCUGCCUACAUGAAUGCAUUUAUGUGACAGUGUAGUGUAGUCACUUCAUACAGGUUUUUAUAUAUGCCUGUCUCCAAGCAAAAUGCUUGCUGUACUGUAUUUUACAGAUCAUACUGGGAAAAAAAAAUAUAUAGUGUAAAAACACAGAGCAUAUUAUGAAAGCAAAGCAAUGAGAUGCACACAUUUUCACCUCUCUAAAGGUGUUUGCACAUGAUUGUGAAAUAUUAGUAAAAUUACUAGUAAUAGUUGUUAAUAUAGCUGAAGUUAAAA